UAAUGAAUGCAUAUUUUUUGCUCAUUUAUUGCAUUUUUAUUGAGUACAUGAAAAAUUUAUGUUUUUAUUGCUUGCUUACCUUUUUUGUAUAUUAAUAAUAAACAAAUAAACAAAUUAAAUCCUUAAAAAUCUAAACAUUAAAAGCUAUAAAAAUUUAGUGAUUUUUAACUUGAUAGUGAUUGUUGCGUAAUUUACAUGUGAACACUUUCGUAUAUUAUGCAUAAAUUCGGCGUAAUUUUUACGUAUUUGUUGCGUAUCUUCUAUUUUUUAUUUAUUUUAUUUGUUUAUUUCUUAAUUUAUUCAGGUCUAUGUUCGACCUAUUACCUAUCGAUGCUAUGUUUUGAUCUUCCGAUCAACCUGCAAUAAUUUUGCUCAGCUAGUUUCUCCUGAUGUUGAGGACAACUUAAAGAAAUUAAAUCUAUACUAAUUUUUACAAUUUCUUAAAUUUGAGCAAAAUGUCCCACUUAUUUUCGAGUUGCUUACAAUGUGAAAUAUUUCAAGGCAAUAUUUUAUUAUAAAGAAUCAUGCUAUAUCUUUCAUUGCUGAUGAAGUGAGCUUUCUUAUUGGCCUUCCAAACAGAAGUGAAGAGAUCUCCUGACUUUCGUUAUCAUCUACAGAAGUCACAUCAACAGAUAUGAAGUCCGACAUGCUAGAGUUGAAUAAACAUAGCUCCCAGAGAGUAAGUUAAAAAUAUUUAAUAUAUAUUUAUAUUCAAAUUUAUUUUUCAACUUAAUAACUUUAAAAACCCUAAGUUACUCCUUAUAAUAUCAAAUAAUGCAGAUGAGUUUCUAUCAAUUUAUUGGUGUUGUCGAUUAGGUAAUAUUUAGUUCAAAAUUUUUAAAAAAUCUCCAUCAAGAUUUCAAAUAAGAAGUCAGCAUGUUAUAUCAUUGAUUUUAUGACUUUGUUAAUUAAUAGUGUUAAAAUCAUUCUUUUUUAUUUAAUUUUACUAAUUCAAUUAUUAAAAUUAACUUGUUCUUAUGCAGAUUUGAUUUUUGGAGCACACUUCAAUUCAUGCUUCAAAGUAUCAUGAUCAAUAGUUCAGUUUCCUUCGAUAGACCGAUGUAUUGUAUAUAUUAUCGACUUGAUUGCUAAUUUAUUUGUUAACAUAAAGGAAAGAUAUGUAUGUCAUGCAACAAAUUUUAAUUAAUACUUUUAAAAAAAUAAGAAUUUACUAACAAAUAAAUUUUUAGAGAUUUUUUAUCCUCUAAGGAGUUACCCAAGAUGAAGAUAAUUUGUUGGGCAUCUAGAAAUAUCCAUCACGCAGCCCUCCUUGCAUCAUGAAACAACCUACCCUGUAGCAAGAACUGAAUUCCCCAUUGUGUGAUGGAUAUUUCGGGUUGCUCAGUUGAUUAGCUUCCUCCUGGGCAACUCCUGAACGACAAAAAAAUUUGUAAAAAAAUUAUUUGUUAACAAAUCCUUAUUUUUCUUUGAUGUAUUAAUUAAAAUUUACUGCAUAACAUACAUGUCUUUUUUAUGUUUAGAAAUAAAUUAGUGAUCUUGUCGGUAGUAUAUAUAAUGCUAUCAGCCCAUCGAAGGAAACAUAGUUUUGAUAAUGAUACUUAGGAGCAUGAAUUCAAGUGUGCUACAGGAACCAAAUCUGUAUAAGAUCAAAGUUAAUUUUAACAAAUGAAUUAGUAAAAUUAAAUUAAAAAAAUAAUUUUAGCACUCACAAUUAACAGAGCCAUAAAACUAUUAAUGUAACUUGUUGGCUUGUUAUUUGAAAUUUUGAUGGAGAUCUUAUUAAACUCUUGAAUUAAACAUUUUUUAAUCGACCCCGCAAGUUAAUUGAUAAAAAUUUAUCUACAUUAUUUGAUAUUGUAUGGAGCAACUUCGGGGUCUUAAAAUUAUUAAGGUGAAAAAAUAAAUUUAAACAUAAAUAUAUAAUAAAUAUUUUUAGCACAGUCUCUGUGGGCUAUGUUUGUUCAACUCUGCAUGUCAAACUUUAUAUAUGUUGAUGUGACUUCUGUAGGUAUCAAGGAAAAUCAUGAGAUAUCUUCAUCUCUGUUUGGAAAACUAGUAAAAGGGAACUUCAUCGGGAGUGAAAGGAAACUGGUGCUCUCAAGGGAGCCUAAUUUGGCAUUGCUUAUUGAUGAGUUAAACUUAUCCAUGCUCAUUCUUUCUUAUUCCCCAAAAAGUGAGCAAGCGUGGAGCCACAGGCGCUGGGUGAUCAAGAAGAUAGCUGAAAAGUUUCUUGACCUAUAUGACAUCAUUGGAAAAGAAUCAGAGUUUGUGAAGAGAAUAGCCGAGAAAUCAAAGAUGAAUUACCGUGCGUGGAGUCACCGUUGUUGGCUUAUACUUUACAUGAACAAGGGUCAGAUGCUUGAUGAGCUGGAUAAAUCAAGAAAAUGGUCUGAGCUACAUGUUGCUGAUAAUUGUUGCUACCACUAUCGAAGGAGGUUGAUGCUUAAUUUGUUGGAAGACAAUUCGCUGAAAGAUGAUGAGCUAAGAUCCUCAUUUUACAUGUGUCAUUCGGUUGAUUUGCUAAAGGAGGAGCUUAAACGGAACGUGCAUCUUAUCAAAAAAUAUAUGGGCAGAGAGGCCUUGUGGAUUCAUCGUCGACAUUUGUCUUAUUAUUUGAUAAGUCGCAUCACCAAUCCUAUUGACAUUGGCUCUCCAUGUAAAGUUCAGCUGGAAAUGAUUUCAGCCUUACAUUGUUUCCUCGGGGAAGAAAUGGAACUUGUGCGUACUUGCCUUAACAUUCCAGCUGAUGAAUUCGAUGAUGCUCGAACUCAGGCUCAGCAUGCAGCAUCUUACUUGCUGUGGAUAUCAAAGAAAAUCGUUCUCUCGCCAGAGUACAGAUUUCAAGAGAAGCUUAUGGAGAUAGGGGACCUCAAGACUAUCUUGAUGAAUACAAGCCCCGAGAAGUCCCUAACUUGGGAGAGGCUAUUGGACCAAUUGCCUGCUGAUUAGCAGUGUUAAGAGCUUUGUUGGUUUGUAACAGUAUAUAAAGGUUUAUUUGGGAUGAUUUUCUUAUUGCUUCUUAAAAUAAUUUUUUUAGUAAAACAUUAAAAUUUUUGAACUAAAAAA